AUGUCCAAGAUCCUCUUUAUCGCCGCUACUGCCGCCUUUGCCGUCGUCGUCAAGGGCCAAUCUGCUCCCAACUGGCAAUACAUCCCCUCUGCUUGCGCCGACACUUGCUCCAAGACCGUCGAGUCCGCCUACCUCUGUGAAACCACCUACACCAGCAACACCGACGUCUACGGCUGUUUCUGCAACAACUACCCCACCGACGCGUCAGACUGCGCCACCUGCCUCACUUCCAACGACGCCGCCGCCCUCGCCUCCCUCUUGACGUCUACCCAGACUGCUUGUCCUACUGCUAUUAGCCAGUGCUCGUUUGAGUGUGCUUUUGACACUUGUGAUUCUAGCGACAUUUCUUGCCAGUGCGGUGCCGACUACCUCGAGAACAUUUACAACUGUGCCUCUUGCAACACUGCCAACGGCAACACCGCCGCCACCCAAAUCUCCGACUUUAACUCUCUCCAAGAAUCCUGUUCCAACCAGAACUAUACCGAUGCCGACGGUACUUUUACCACCAAGGCUUUGCCCACUAUCAACACUGCGUACCACGGCUACUCUGCCCCUACUCUGACCGCGACCGGCGGCGGUUCCGCCGCUUCCGACACUGCCGCCGUCGGUGUGGGCGCGACGAGUGUCGGUACCGUCAGUGCCGAUGCCACCGCCUCCGCCUCCGCCGACUCUGACUCUGAGUCUACCGCUUCCUCCACCGCCGCCGCCGCCGACUCUUCCUCCUCCUCCGAUGACUCUUCCUCCGACUCCUCCUCCUCCGAAGACAGCGCUUCCUCCACCGCCGCCGGCUCCAGCUCCACCAAGACCUCCUCCGGCUCCGCCCGCGCGUCUUCUACUAAGAGCACCUCCGGUUCCUCUACCGCCUCUAGCAGCGACUCUGCGUCUUCUUCCUCUUCUUCCAGCUCUUCUUCUGGGGCUGGCAUGGUCUCCCCUGCCGUGGGCGGUGUGCUCGCUGUGGCGGGUGCGGUCCUUGCUUUGCUCUAAGCUCUAAAUGGGUUGAUGAUAGCUUGAGACUGAGACUAAGAGCUGAGGGUCGGGUCCUACACUAGUCGUAUAAUUGUACCACCAUUUCUCUUGGUUUAUCACCGAAAAUGAUUCUGAACGGCCUUUCUUCAUGCUCCCAAACGCCCCUAAACGAUCUUCUCUAUACCCCCUCUUGUUUUGUGUUGUGUUGAAACUCUUUCUUUGGUCUUGGUGUUGAUCUCUGGGUCUUGUUCUUUCGAUUCGCUUGUCUUUUCCUUUUAUAGGUCGGGU